AUGUGGUCAAGAUCAUACUUGAAAAUCUGGGGAGUGUUUCAAUUUGAACAGAAUUUACUAUGUAAGUUAGCCGUUGAUUUAGCAGAAUUUUUCAUCGAACAAGGUGAUGAACUCAAUUCAAGAGGUGACAGGACACUAGCACUACAGAAUUAUGACAGAUCACUCAAAUUGUAUGAUAUCGUUGAUGAACAUUUAGCAGCAAGGUUAGAAUCGUCUGGUGGCUAA